GAAACAGCAUCGCCUAGGGUUUUGAGAUUCUCUGCCUGAAUACAUGCGCCCGGAGCACAGACCGGAAUGAUGAUCUAGAAGCGAAAGGCUCUAGUUCACCAAGUGAAGUCAAACGACACGACAUCCCUUCACCCCCAACCAAAGAAUGAGGGGCGAGCUCAGCAAUCAGCGAUAUUGCCACGAUGAGCGGCGAGGUCACUCUGGACGUCGCGCUGCUGCGUGUCGAAUCCAAUACCGUCAAAGAUCGAGUGGAGGGGCUGAAGGAUCUCAAGCACAUCUUGCGCAGUAAUAGCAAGUACGACACACUCUCGGAUCUCUCGUUCCACCGCAUAUACGAAGUCUUAUUCGGUGUCGCCAUCAGCGAGAAGUCAGCCUUUCUGAAAGGCAAGACUACAACUACUCGCGGCGCUGCUGAGAAUCGGCUCUCCUCUUGUGCAAGCGCUCUACGCCUCGCUGUGGAAGUAGGCGUCCGAUAUGUGAGGCUCAAGACCGUCCGAUCAGUCCUUGAUCAUGUCAGCGACGCCUUCACGGUGCCUAAUGGGGGCUUUUGCGAACCUGUCGCCCUUGACUAUGCCAAAUGCCUCCGAUUUCUCCUCGGCUACCAGCCGCAUGUGGAGCAUUUAUCCAAAGAUCAGCGUGAGAAGGCUGCCAAAUUCUGCCUCGACUGCAUCGAAAUCGCCCGGGCUGAGUUGGAGGACGAUGAUGGCGCGUUCCCCGAUGCUGGAUUUGUUUCAACCACUUCAUCACGUUCGCAUGCCAAGCAAUCAGGGAACUCCCAGGGAAGUCGAGCUCUGGCGAAGCAAAUCGUAGAGGAGAUGGUGGCGUGCCUCGCUCUGCUAAUGGCUGCUCCAAAUGCAGCGCCAGGAGCGCACGCUUCCAGUCUGUUAACAUCGCUGAACACUCUUCUGCGCAGCGGCGCCAUGGCAGGGACCGCUCGUCAAGAUGCUUUCGCCGCUAUCAAUCGCAUACUGGCAUGGACCAGGACGGAAGAUGUACAUCUGACACGCAAGAUGACCAGCCCCCUCGUCCGCCUCAUCAAGCAACAUUGGAGCGCCAAAACUUCAUUCGACAAAGCGCUUACGGCCUUCAGAGAUGAAAUGCUCAUCACUCUCGUUUACCUCCGCCCGUACCUCUUCUCUGCCGCACAUCACGAGCAAGACUCCUCCCUACGAUCUGAGUUGAGCGGCUUGCUGGACGUCAUGACCAAUGAGUAUGGUAAGCGCCCAGAGCGUGAUCAGCUCCGCUUAGAAGACAUCAGACUGGACCUCCACGGCUCGUCCGUGGCAACAUUCGGCGAGAUCUCCACUCCUAUCUUCCGACUGCGCUGCGCCAACGGUCGUGCUGAGUCUGCAUGGACUAUGGUGUACAUGCUUUCGAGUGUAUGCCACACCUUGAGCAAUGACGAUCAGGAUCAUGCUCUUUCCGAAGACAGCGACGGGGAGGACGAGAUCAACAUUCGGCCGCGAAAGCGUCAGAGGUUGACUGAGCAGCUAGACGAGGUCCUAGCAGCCUCUACCACCGGAACGGCUUCCACAAGAGUGUGCGCUCUACAGAUCUUGACGUUUCUGGCGCAACAGAGGCCGUUUGGAGUCAAGCGACUAAUCAAAGUCAUUGACAACUUGUCUGUGAGUUCCGCUGAUGACACUCCAGUCGUCUCUUCCUGGGCGAUGCUGGCACUGGCAAGCUUUGCCUCACAGACGAACUCCACAAGCUCGCCCCUGUCAAGCCAUUGGCUCUCUGUCUGGCAAAUAGCCACCAGAGCUAUGAGCAAUACACUGACCUGUCGAGCUGCAUGCCAUCUCAUUCGGUUGAUGCUUGAAGCACACCUCGUACCUCAGCCGAACGUCCUUGAACUGGUGCAGACAAUGACAACCUCAUUGGAUCUUAACGGCCCUUCCGCAAUCUCAGACUCCGUUGCGCACCUUCUCCUGCUCUCAAUCGCCAAGUCGCAGCAAAUCAACCCAGCGUCAUCAAAUGCGACGGCCGAAAGUAUUCUUGGCUGGCUCUUUCGCAGCUUUCGGCCAAGCAAGUUUGCCGACAGAGAGUAUGCCGCUCAACAUGUCCUACUCGACCCAGUGGACGUGACAGCAUUGCUUUCUGGUUGUCUCGGUCAUCGGGGACACGACGGGACCUGCCCGCAGUUCUCCGUCUGGGACAUCGUUGGACAACUGGUGCUCGAGUGUAGCCAGCAACAGGACUUGAUCGCUUACUUGCUCCUGCUUCCCGAGCCAUAUACCGGCGCACUGGCCAGUGUUCAGGCGGAGGAUCGAGCAAAGGCAUCAUCACACCUGUCGAGGAGUGGUUGUGAAGCUCCAGUUCUGAACCACUUGAUCAGUGAAAUACACAGAGCUCAAGACGAGUGGAAUCAGCUCGUACACGACAAACCGCAAACUAUCAGUCUGGACGUCUUCACCUCCUUAUGCAGGUCGUGCCUCAUCGCCACAUGCAUAGCCUUUUGCCACUCCUUUCGCGAUGCCAGGCGUCAGGGACAACUACAAGAGCGGGUUAAAGACCUUCUCAAGGCCAUUGCCGACUUUCUCCCCAACCAACAUUGCACUCAGGACAAAGUUGACUCAAUGUUGAUCACCUUCUCCUCUUCCUGCAGCGGACUGCUGAACAACGGCCGGAUGGUGGAGCACUCGAGAUGCGAGCAGUACAUCUGUCAAACCAUAUCCAGAGGUCUCGCAAACAGAGCCGCAGCACAUCGCAGCCUCAACGGAAUGAAUGGGGCUGACGAUGAGAUGGAUCUCGAAUUCGCUGACGAGUCGCAAGCCAGCAGGCGAAGUGGCUCGGCCGUGGAUGCCCCCGAGCCCAAGAAUGACUUUGCCGCUCGAUUCAGCACAGCUGCCUUGCGUGCUACUACAGCCACGUACGCCAUGGCUAUCAAGAUCAAGGCCGGGGCUGAAGAAAGAGGCGGCUCCGAUACUCCAUCGGCACUCAUCGUCGACUACAUAUUGUCGCUUCCGGAGAGCUCUAUCAUGCUGAGCCACUCUGUCAUCUCCUCGUUGUCCAAUCUCGGGAUCGAAAUCACUACCGAAGACUGUUACCGACUCAUGGAUUUCUUUGCUGAAAGAAUUCUGAGGGCAUACGUAUACGAGCGAUCGGAGGUGGCAUUGGGCGCGGUGCUCAACAUCAUGUCCAGCUGUGCUGCGACUCUGACAAACGAAAGCGACAAAUCCUUGUACGACCUGGGGAUCGACAUGUACAACUGGUAUACAUCGAUUGUACUGCGAGCCGGCGUCUUGUCACCAGCAGUACAAAUCAGCGUCGCCACCCUCCUCCUCCGCCUAUGCCAUGUCAAUACGGACUACGGCAGGGACGAGGGUCAAGACGUACCCUCGGUGCGCACAAGCCUCUUCAAACUCGUCAGGCUUGGUAGCGUUUCGGUCAAGCACUUUCUCGCGGCACGCAUCUCGACCAUCUUUGGCCUCUUCGUCCUCUCAAACCAUGCUCGAAUGUUUGAAGACUUACAGGAAAGCCUGCCCCAAGAUCCCGACUGCUUGGAAGGCAUCGCCAUGCGACUGCUGUUUCUGGCGAAGCUCGCCUCAGCAUGGCCUUCACUCUUACGGCAAUGCGUAUACUACAUUUUCGAGACCGCCGGCCAGGUCGGAGAAGCGAGCGACCAUGCGAGCCGCAAUAUAGCAGAGCUGGCAGCUGCCUUGAAGUUCAGCUCUUCACGGAAGCUGUUUCAGCUAUUUGCUCCGCAGUUGCUUCAUACCUGGCUGCAGAACAACACGGUGAAGAAUUUGCCAUUUGCGGUCUUUCAGUAUGCCGAUCUUCGGUCGCUGCUCGAGAACAAUCGGAGUGAGAUCACUGCACAGCUACUUUUGCAGACGAAGGGCACUGGCCUUGACGUCGUCGUGGAAGCGCUGAACACCACCACCAAGUCACUCGUCACCAGCAGCUUCGCGAAGUGCGCGGCUUACUGUAUAGGUCAAGACAUCACAAACAUCACACCAGGUACUAAUGUUGCGACAUGCGAGAAUCGACUGAAAUCGGUGAUUGAGAGCAAAGAGGAAUACAGGCAGCUCAUCGACGAAAACUUCCCAUCCAUCAUGAGUCAACUCUACCUCUCGGCGCAGCAAGAAGAUCCGGAUGAUUCGUGGCUACAGAAACGAGAAGCAUUCGGUGCCGCCGCAAAACUUUUGGCGGAGAUGAAAGCGUUCAGCCAUUCCGAGAAGAACGUGCCUACCAGUCAAGACCCAUGCUUCAGGAGCAAGCUUCUGUGCGAUGAAAUCGAGCGACUAUGCCGACGUGCUCAUCUUGAUCCGACAAAUGCCUGGGAUACUUCAUCCUUUGCAUUGGCGGUCCGUACCGUAACAGAUGCGCUGGACGGUGCGCUUGGAUCUCUGCAGAACUGCCUCGUCAUUCGCAAAUUACGAUUGCUCGUUUGCAUGGGCGGAGAGGUUGUUUUCUCCGGACUACCACUCGAAAUGCUCCUUCACGCCCUUCGUCCGUUCUUGGCUGAUAGCCAGUGUGCAGACGAUGUGAUCGGCAUUGUUCAGGUUCUGUUUCUUCACGGAGAGCAGUACCUCCAAGCAAAUCCGGCUUUCCUCUACGGAAUCGCCAUUCUGAUGGUGUUGCAAAUGCGACAGCAUACUCUAGCAAUCCCGGACAGCACGACGCAGGAAAGCCAACGCAAAUCGACUGUACAGAGGAUGCAGAAGCUCCAAGCGUGGUUGGUGGAUUAUCUGAAGAGACACCAACCGAAAGGGAGUUCGCUUCAGACAGACAUCCACGCAAGAAUUACAGACACACUGAUCAGCGUGCACCUGCCCGGAAAUGCACGCAAAGGAAGUCCUGAGAGCACGCUGCUCCUCCUUCUUUUGGCCGAAGAGAAUCAUGACACCAUAGCGGAACGCGAUCGGCAGCAAGCGUUGCUCAUGCUUUCCAAAGACUUUCAAGUACCAUUGGCAGUCUUGGAUGAUUGCCUUGAGUCCGACGACGAUUGUCUCAGACUCGCAGAACCACUGAUUAACGCUGUCCGGGUCGGUGGUGCAAGCAGAGCGUUUCAAACAUGGGCUGUGAAUGCCUUGGGUCGUGCUUAUGCUGCUAGCGGAGUACGCCCUCUUCUCGUGGCCAACGACAGACGUACAGCCAACCGCUCGAAGCCCCUUACAGGCAUUGCCCGGUCUCAGGCUACCAUCGCUUUUCGAUUCAGCAAAAACUUGUAUUCGAUUGAUCGCGCAGAAGCCAGCCUCGCGGACUAUACUUUGCGACGUAUUCUGACGUCCUUCAGUAACAAUGAAGAGGCGGUGGAAUUCCAGCAAAUGCUGCCCCCAGCUGCUGUCCCGGCCUUAGUCGGCGGUACACUGGGCUAUGAACCGUCCUACUUCUCGCCGCUACCGGAAACUGGUCAAUCCCUGCGACAGGCGCUGGAGGUGGAUCCUGGCACAAGUGUCGAGCAAUGGGCUCAGCGUGUGGGUGUGAUUCUCUGCUCGCAGGCUGUGGACACCGCCAUCCUCUCUGCGUUGACUACGGCCUUGCAACACAGUCCUGUGCUUGCUCUUGAGUUCUUGCCGUGUAUCGUGCACAUAUUGCUGGCGAAACAGCUCGAGCAGGACCCGCAGCUUCGUACCGAGCUGUCCACCUCGAUAACUGCACACCUGAACGAUGACAAGGACCACGUGGAGAAGAAGCAGCGGUUCUUGAUAGAGCUGCUGGUCUACUUGCGCAAGCAACCCCUGCCCGGAGAACACACGCACUCGGAUCGCCUCAAGUGGAUCGAAGUCGAUUGGCUGGUCGCUUCGAAAGCAGCGCAAAGAUGCGGUAUGUCGACUGCUGCAUUGCUGUUUGCAGAGUCAUCAUCAUCGCCCGCGCAAAGCAGCAGGAGAACAUCGAGUCGAACUUCACUCUCCCAGACUUCCAUCACGCAAGUACCAAAGGAGCUUCUGCUAUCUAUAUUCGAGGCCGUGGAGGAGCCGGAUUCGUUUUACGGUGUCGAACAAUCUCAUACCCUGGAAUCAGUGCUGGAUCGCCUUGACUACGAGAAGGAUGGUUACGGUAGUCUGAUGUUUCGAUCCGCCCAGACAGACACGCAUCUCCGAUUGAGCCAUGAACUUUCCACGAAGGAUAACACAGGCAUGAUUCGUUCGCUCUCGAUGUUGAACCUGGACAGCUUGACGUUUGCGCUGCUCAGCAGCGGUCGCGGUCGCGAAGCGUCAUCAGAAGAACUCCUCCGUACUGCUCGCCGGCUACAGCAAUGGGACAUGAUGCCUCCUGACGGAAGCAAUGGGCCGACUUCGAACACAUUUUCUGCAUUUCAGCAGCUCAGUCGAACUAACGAUCGACAAAGCGCACUGAUGACGCUUCAAGAUGUUAUGAACAAGCACAUCGAGCCUUUGCUCAACGACAGCCAAACGAAGACAUUGUCCCACGAGUGGUUCAGCACCCUGGCCUCCUUUACCGAGAUCGGCGAGGUAAUCAGCUGUACACAAGAGAGCUCGCUGCGAGGAAAGUGGAGUCAAAUGCUCAAACGACAAUCCUGGAUGUCUCAGGCUAGCUACGAGCACUUCCAACCGUUGCUAUCGAACCGGAAUACUCUCUUCAGCGUCCUUGCGCAGAACAAGGCUCUCCUGGGCGAUAUGAGGGUCGGACUGAAAGAGUGCCGCUUGAUGGAAACAAUGACCUCGCUCGCCAUCUCGCGACUCGCUCGAGACCAUGGGCAGCUUCAGGAAGCUCUGUCCGCGACAAGUCUUUGUAACAGUCUCGUUGGGGAUGAUCUGGCCGUGAGAGCAGACGUUGCUGUCAAGUAUGAGACUGCUUCCGUUCUUUGGGGUCUCGGCGAGGUCGCCGCAUCCAUUAACAUCCUUCAGACGAUCGCGAAUCUAUCGGAGGAUGAGCAUCAAGACAUUCUGGUCGGGCGAUCUGAAAUUCUGGCACAGCUGGGACGUCAAACGGCGGAUGCGCGACUUGAGAAGCCGGACGACAUCCUGAUUAAAUACCUCAAGCCUGCCAUUUCGCACCUGCAAGAUAAUCGGAGUGGUCCAGAAGCGGGCAAGGCGUUUUACGAGUUUGCUACGUUCUGUGACAAGCAACUGCAAAGCCCGAGUCUGGCCGAGGAUAUCAAUCGAAUCACCAAGAUGCGGCAGCGGAAGCUUGACGAGCUGCAGGAAUUGCAACGCGUCCCUGGCCGAGGCCACAGGUCGGAUGAGGAGAGCCGGGAGCACAAGAGAAGCAUUGAAAAGGCCAAGACGUGGUAUGACAUUGACCAUACCGAGUAUCUAAGGCUGAAACGCAGUCACGACACUUUCAUGCAGCAGAGUCUGCAGAACUACCUGCUUGCGCUCGCAGCCUCGGAUGAGCACGACAUCUCUGUGCUGCGCUUCUUCACGCUCUGGAUUGAGCAUGCGGAUGUGGUCAAUGCCAACACUACCGUCUCGAAGCUACUCCCUAGAGUGCAGAGCUGGAAGUUCGUGGUGUUGGUGAACCAGCUCAUGUCGCGGCUGGAGCAAGACGGCUCGGUCUUCCAAUCGUCUUUGAAAGCACUGGUCACUCGCAUUUGCUCGCAGCAUCCACACCACAGCCUGCAUCAGCUCUUUUCGUCAACUAGGAGGCCGACAAGCAAAGACCAAGCUUUGGUGGCUCGAUACGAAGUUGCGACGGAGAUUCGGCAGCAAGUGAGGAAAGAAAGCAAGACGGGCGAGGUCAUGGAGCGGAUAUUCCAGGCCGACAAUUGCUAUCUCGCGCUUGCAAAUAAAGAUAUGUCUGGAGCGCACAGCAGAGUGGCGAUGAAGGACGUCAAUGAGGCAUACCAGAUUGUGAAGAGAGUGCCGACGCUGCAUGUGCCACCGCCGACGAUGGACGUCCCGCUGCGUGCGGAUGGAGAUUACGCCGACCUCCCAACCAUCGCCAAAUUCGGCAGCGUCUUGUCUUUCAUGAGCGGACAGAGUCGGCCGAAACGGCUUACCGCGUAUGCUGCAAAUGGUCAGGCGUACGUCCAGCUGUUCAAGGGUCCUCCUGGGAAAGACGACCUCCGUCAAGACGCCAUCAUGGAACAGGUCUUUGGGGAAGUGAGCAAGAUGCUGCAAAACCACAAGACGACUCGACAGCGCAAUCUGCACGUCCGAACUUACAAAGUCAUCCCCCUCUCAUCGCAGACGGGCAUCAUCGAAUUCGUGCCGAACUCCAUCUCCCUAUCUGACUACCUCGUGCCCGCACAUGAGCGGUACCACCCACAAGACUACAAGCUUUCGACCGCGCGGCAGAAAAUCGAACAAGCGAGACCGCACUCGGUGGACACGAGAGUCAAGGAAUACCAGAAAGUGUGCGACCACCUGCACCCCGUCCUACGGCACUUUUUCUUCGAACGCUUCAAGGACCCCGACGAAUGGUUCGAGAAGCGCACGGCCUACACCCGUACCACCGCCACCAUUUCCAUCCUCGGCUACGUGCUAGGCUUGGGCGACCGGCAUUGCCAGAACAUUAUGCUGGACGAGAAGACGGGAGAAGUGGUGCAUAUCGACCUGGGCAUCGCUUUUGAGGCGGGCCGCGUCCUGCCCAUCCCUGAGCUGGUGCCUUUCCGUUUAUCAAGAGACGUCGUAGAUGGCAUGGGCAUCACGAAGACGGAAGGCGUCUUUCGGCGUUGCUGCGAGUUUACCAUGGAUGCUCUAUGGCAGGAUAAAGACAGCAUCAUGACGUUGCUUAAUGUCCUUCGCUACGACCCGCUCUAUACAUGGACGGUAUCGCCUUUGCGGGCGAGGAGGAUGCAAGAGGAGGCAUCAAGGAACGUCGCGGACGCUACUGAGACGGGCGAAGGCGCAUCGGCGAGGAAGAAGGGACAGGAGGCCGGCGAGGCAGAGCGGGCAUUGUCGGUUGUGGAGAAGAAGCUUUCCAAGACGCUGAGCACCGCGGCGACGGUGAAUGAAUUGAUUCAGCGGGCGGCGGACGUGAGGAACUUGGCAACGCUGUUUGGGGGUUGGUCUGCGUUUUACUGA